CAUCCUAGUCACCCUAUCCAUUACAGUCAUCCCCCUCCUCCCAGUCAUCCUAGUCAUCCUAGUCAUCUUAUUUAUCCCAGUCACCUUGAUCCCAGUCAUACCGGUCAUACCAGUCAUCCCAGUCAUCUUCAUGAUCUCAGUCAUACCAGUCAUCCCAGUCAUACUAGUCACCCCAGUCAUCCCAAUCAUCCCAGUCAUCCUAGUCAUCCCAGUCAUAGUAGUCAACUAAGUCAUCCCAGUCAUCCAAGUUACCCCAGUCAUCCUAUUCAUCCCAGUCAUAGUUGUCAAAUAAGUCAUCCCAGUCAUCCUAGUUAUCCCAGUGAUCCUAGUCAUCCCAGUCCUCUCAGUCAUCCCUAUCAUCCUAGUCAACCCAGUCAUCCCAGUCAUAGUAGUCAAGUACGUCAUCCCAGUCAUAGUAGUCAAGUAAGUCAUCCCAGUCAUCCCAGUCCACCUAGUCAUUCCAGUCAUCUCAGUCAUCCCAGUAAUCCAUGUCAUCCCAGUCAUCCUAGUGAUCCCAGUCAUCCCAGUCACCCUAGUCAUCCCAGUUAUCCCAGUCAUCCUAGUUGUCCCAGUCAUUCUAGUGAUCCCAGUCAUCCCAGUCAAUCCAGUCAUCCAAGUCAUCCUAGUCAUCCCAGUCACCCUAGUUUUCCUGUCAUCUUAGUCAUUCCAGUCAGCCUAGUCAUCCCACACCAGUCAUGUUAG